AAUUCAACCAUUCGAUACGGUCCUAUUAGUCACUUUUAGUCUCCUGCACUAUGUAUAAAAAAAAUCUUCGUCAGUGUUGAACUUUACAUUUUCUAAUGUCAACAGAUUAUUUUGUAACCCGGAAUAAGUAGGAGGAGCUCGGCAUGGGAAGUAAAGUUAGUAGUGGCAAGAUGGCAGCAGUCAGUCGGGUCGUGCAGGCUGUGCGACCUCAUGUACCACUAAUGAAAUUUCCAAAUAGGCAAGAUAUUCAAAAGCCCAAUGUACAAGAAGCACUAAAAAUACUUGGAGUCAGCCUCCCACAAACAUCUACACCUGCAGCAGCAUCACCAGGGCCUAGAUCAACAGGACCAGUCAGUCGUCUCCCUGGCACUCCAGACAGUAUCGCUAUUGUUAAAGAGUUCCCGCAGAGAUACCGGCGACGGGAACUUGCGCUAGACGAAAUGGAUUAUAUUCAGCGUGGUGGCCCAGAAUGAUGUGGAACUAAGUGCAUUGUGUCAUCUCCUUUACCUGUGGAAAUAGUUUUUUUUCACCUUUCAGCAAUAAAAAGAAUUACUUAUUGCUAAAAUGUACAUAUAUUUGCUGUAUAACAUUGUGUGAACCUUUAAAACCAGUGCACAUAAAACUGCAAACUAAUUACAGGGUUCAAGCUCCUUAGUUCACACUACAGUACAGUAGUUCACAUUUAUAACAGAUGCCCUGACAGUUGUUCACUGCCCUACAAAGUGACAUCAAUGUGUCAUCAUCCUGCACAGGAUAUUGUAAAUCUGAAAUAUUAAAUGUUGAAUAAUUAAAUGCUGAAUAAUCUGA